AUGACUACGGAAAUUGUUUUCGGACAAUGCUGCCUCUAAGCCAAAAAGGGGGAUGAGCACCAUCCCCCAGAGUCAGCCACGACUGGACAGAGUAAAUCUUUAGCUUUACUUUAUUACCAGAAACAUGGAGACCCCUGUUUGAAGGGGCACCUGGAAUCACCUGGAAAUUCCAGGCAGCAGAAUGCAAGUUUCUCACUAGCCUUGGUUGUUGUUUUUUUACCUGCCUUCCAUUUUCUUACUGGCACAUCCGUGACUUUCCAUUCUGGGCUUUUUAAUGAGGGAUGCUUUCUCCUCUUGUCUUUUCGCAGCCCAAAGGCGCCGAGGCCAAACCCGGAAACAAAGGGAAGAAACUGCUGGGUCAGGGUCCCGUCCACAUUACGGCAGGAAGUGACCCUGUCCCCAUUGAAGAAGAGGAAGAGGAUGAGUUAGACCAUGCAACCUUCACCAUUUGCAAAGAGCUGAUGAGGCCAGUUAAGAAGUCCUUGAAGCAGCUGGAUAAGCCAGAAAGAGGACUUACAGACCACGACCAGCUGGAGCAAACACGGAGUUGCCUACUCAAGAUCGGAGACCACAUUGCUGAAUGUUUGAAAAUCCACACUGAACAGGAAGUCUUUAACGUAUGGAGAAGGAAUCUAUGGGUAUUUGUCUCCAAGUUUACUGAAUUUAAUGCCAAGAAAUUACAUAAGAUAUACAAGAUGGCUAACAAAAAGCGAUCCCGGGAACAGGAGGUAAGAACAGAGCAGGAACAAAAAAAGAAGGAAGAGGCAACGAGUGGCAAGCGGCUUCGUCCAGAAGCUCCUGGGACCAGUCGAGAUAUUCCGAUGUCUCCUGUCCCCCAUAGCCCUCAUGGUCAAAAACUGCAGCAGCCAUCUCCUCACCCUUCCCAGAUGCAUGGACAUCCACGAGAGAACUACCACCAGCCAAAUAGAAGGCAUUUCAGCCACCCAGAACGAAGCGAAUGGCAGAGGGAUCGCAAAUUUAACUACAGUGGCAAUGCCAAUACGAAUUGGGGCAGAAACCGUUAUCACCCAUAUGAGCCGCGCUGGCACAAGGAUCAUCAUUAUGCGGAUCGCCAGGCGCGCAGAGAACAGUAUCGGAGCUCAGGAAACUACCAGCCCAGCAACCUGUCUCGUAAACGCCCCUACGAUCAGUACAACAGUGAACGCAAUUACCGCGGAGAACCGGACUACAGAUACUGUCAUGAAGCCAAGAGACGAAGAUUAGAUGGAUUCCGGCCCCAGAAUUACCAACAAGAUUAUCGGAGGAUGUCUGACUAUAGACCUCCCUUGAGUUAUCAUGGGCAAGGGCCAUCCGACCAUUACAGGCCUUUCCACCAAGAUAAAUCAGCUGAUUACAAGCAACUCCUUCCCCCUCCUCACUCCCAGGUCUCUGACCCUCGCUCUCCAGCUUCUCAGAAAUCUCCACUUGGUGCCAAGUCUCCCAUUCAGCAUCGCUCACCUCUGGAUAGGCCCUUAGAGCAGAAAAACAAUCCAGAUUAUAACUGGAGUAGUCGGAAAACCUAGAGUCCCAGAAGCAGAGGCCAACGGAAAGAGCUAGUCCGGCCCAAGGAAACACCAGUUAUAGGGCCAUCAAUGCUGGAACCAGAAAGCCUGAAUACAGUGCUGUAGAGCUUUGGGCUGUAAGAAUUGGAAGGGGGUCAGAAAAACUGGAUCCACCAGGGAGCCUGAACUUUAGCCCCAGAUUUGCCUUCCAUCAGGAUACUGGCUGGAUGUUGGGAGGGGUCUUCCCUGCACCAAGAGAUCUGUAGAGAACAAGGUCAGGUCUACCACCUACGUUUUGGAAUGAAGAUUUUGGGUUUGUGUCCAUAAUGCCAACUUGAAUUCUGGACAUUUCACAGAAUGGACAGACAGGCUGCAAAGGGUACAGACGGAGGCAAAAGCUAUAUGGUUUUGGAGUUCAGGUUCAAUUGGCUGCUGGAAGGGGAUGAUAAAGAAGACCACAAUAGCUAUAGCUGUUGAACAAAAAAUUGGCAUCAGGGAGGGCAGGAGUGAGACUGAUUUUUCAGAAUGGUGAAACCAACUUUUGAUGAAAAUGCUUGGAACUCUUACUGAAGAGAUUUGGAAGUCUAUGGACUUAAGAUUGACGGAAGCCAGAAAA